UCUAGAGCAACAACGGAAGAUGUUCUCACAGUGUCUGCAGCUGCUGAUACUGUUCGCGCACUUGUUACUGUCGCCCAGCGCGGCUUCCGGCGGCAAGGUGUCGGCGGUCAUCGUGUUCGGGGACUCGACGGUCGACCCGGGCAACAACGACCACAUCCUGACCGUAGUCAAGGGCGACUUCCCGCCGUACGGGCGCGACUUCGACGGCGGCGUCGCCACAGGCCGGUUUUCCAACGGCCGCCUCGUCACGGACUUCAUCUCGGAGGGGUUCGGGCUGCCGUCGUCUGUGCCGGCCUACCUCGACACCAGCUGCACCAUCGACCAGCUCGCCAUGGGCGUAAGCUUUGCUUCUGCAGGCACUGGACUGGAUGACUUGACCGCAGAUAUUUCCAACGUAAUCCCCGUGAGGCAGCAGCUGGAUUACUUCAGGGAGUACAAGGAGAGGCUGGCGAUCGCCAGGGGCGCGUCCGAGGCCGACGCGAUCAUCGCCGGCGCGCUCUACUACUUCAGCAUCGGCAACAACGACAUCGGCGUGAACUACUUCCUCCUGCCCCAGAGGCGCGCCCAGUUCAGCCCGCCGGAGUACGCCGCCUUCCUCGUCGGCAUCGCCGGCGCAGCCGUCCGCGAGGUCUACCGGCUCGGCGGGCGCAAGAUCCAGCUGGCGGGCAUACUGCCGUUGGGGUGCGUUCCUGCCAUGAGGACGGUGAACCUCCACCGGCCGGGCGAGUGCAUGGAGGACUUCAACCAGUUCGCCUUGCUGUUCAACGCCGAGCUGCGCAAGGCCGCGAGCAAGCUCAGCGGCGAGCUUUCUGAAGCGCGUGUGGUCUAUUCAGACAUGUACAGCCUGGUGUCCACCAUUAUUGCGAACCCAUGGAAAUAUGGAUUUGAGAAUGUCGCGCGAGGUUGCUGUGGCACCGGACUCAUCGAGGCGUCGUUCCUUUGCGUCUUGGACGAACCACUGACGUGUGAAGAUACUGAUAAGUAUGUGUUCUUCGACUCGGUUCAUCCAACGGAGAGGAUAUACAAGAUGGAAGCGAGCCAAAUGCUGAAUACCUCGCUAGCAGCAUUCCUGUGACAUGCAAUAUGCUCUGCAACUUUAAGAAAAAAAUGUAGAUGGCUUUUUUAUUGGAGACACGAA